AUGAAGGUGUCUCACAUUUCACACUCUCAAAAGUCUACCCCGCUUGGACUCAAGGUCAAACCGAUACCCCAUUGCACCUCACAAGAAUGCCCGAGACACACCACCCCCCGUAAUUAUCCAGAGAAGCGAACAUCCAAGCCUGACAGCGCGGGCUGAUCGACGACUGCGUUUCGGUGCGAGACGAAGGUCAGAUCAGUCGGAAGGCUGUGGUGGCGGGCCAGAGGAAAACCCUUACAAAACGCGAGCACCAGAAAGAAAAAAUCACGCACUAAAUUAACCGCGUGCAAGCUCGCCUUCGAGCGACAGGCUAGUUGGGAGCUUCGAGGGAAUGCGAGCAAAGCUCAUCCUCCCCUUUGCCUCUUGAUCGGCGGUGGCGCAGCUUUCGCUUUCCCCUUUCCUUUUAAAUCCAUCCUUUCCUUCUCUUUUCCUUUGCCCUUGGGUUUACCGUUCCCCUUGCCACCCAUCGCAUCGUCAUCGGAAGCGAGUUCGAUUGCGUCAGAGUCGUCGUCGUUCGUGUCAGAACCCAAUCAUACUGAUUAUCUUCUAAUUCUAUUUACUUCUCAUGCCACUAUUCCACUCCUACUUUGCACUCCUUCUUUAGCCUAUUACCCUCUACGCCGGAUCCCAGCGCCUGAUCGAGACUCGGUUGACACGUUGGCUUGGGUUGAAGUCGCGCGCCUCGCGGGCACUCGUCUCUCUUCCUUCUUCAUCCAUCUUCCAUCCUCGAUCUUGCGCUCGUACUCAACCCCUUGAGUCGGGAUCCAGGUCAGUCCUUUUGCAAUGCUUGAUCCAUCUUCCAUCCUCGAUCUUGCGCUCGUACUCAACCCCUUGA